AUGCAUCUUCGUAGCGGCAAACGUCCGCGUCCCGAUCCACCACCUCGCGUUGUUCGCCGGAAACGUCGACCGUUCCGCUUGCUGGACCUUCCCAUUGAGAUCAGACUCAUGAUCUACGGCUAUGCGGUUGGACACCAGAAUGUUUCUUGGACUGUGACCUACGAGUCCGAGGCAGGAUUCAUGCUUGAAUUAGGUGAUCUACACGUCACAGACGACAAACGCAACAUCGAUCAUCGCCAUCGCUCACAUAAUCUUCUACGGACUUGCAGAUUGAUCUCGCAAGAAGUUCUUCCAAUUCUCUACAACCAAACUCGCUUCGAUAUCGGGUUUUAUCUCAACGGUGCCAUCAAAAACCCAUUCCGCACUGGAUACCAGCUUCAGUUGACGUCUGGGAGAGAUAAAUUAGCUCGCGGCCUGGCCAAAGUUGUUCUUGAGCGUGUCAAACAUAUCCGUAUUCUCUUCAGGAAGAUCGUGCACACAUGGGCGGUUCAGAUCUUGAGCAAUUGUUCGGGUCGAGGUAGGUGGCUCAAAUCACUUCGAUUCACCUUCAUCAAUUCGGACUUCACAAGUUCUCCUCACGACAUGUGGUAUACUACAAUUUCGUUCGACUUUGCGUUUUACCGGGGCAACGCUGUCCUAGAGUUCGUUGAUGCCAAUCCUACCGAUGCGACCAUUGUCGAGUUCAAGGAACGUCUAAAAGCAAUUGGCCACGAGUUCCCUCUCAGCAUAAUCAAGGAGAGCGACGUUUCGAGUGGCAAGAAAGAUUGGUGGUCUGAACUGAACGACUGA